UUGCUCUCUUGCUUGUGUGCCCCCGAUCCAACACUGAAAACCACCGAACGAAAAUUUACUCGCCUGUGUGUCCGAGUGAGUGAGUGACGGAAUUUUUUCUUCAAGCGUAAAAAGAAUAUUGUUUUUGUGUCGAGUUUUUCCCAUAUUUUGCAAAACCUAAUCCGGGGGCCGUUCUCCCAUCGUCCGUUCCAUUGUGUGGUGCCUGCGGAAAAUUGAUUCUGAACGUUCUGCGCUUUUCCGAGCAAAAGUGUUGCUACUUGUUUGGAAAACGGUGCAAGUCGAGGAAUCAGUUGGAUUCGAGAGCCCAGCUGCUGUCGUUCAAAACGAAAAUACAAGCUAAUAGUAAAAGCAGAACACAAGCCCCAAACUUUGCAGCAGGUGUUAGCGGAUUCGAUCCACCGUUUCCCGAUGGAGUCUCCAGUCGUGAUUACGGAGGCUGCCGCUGGGCCUUCCUCAUCGUCAUCUGCCAUCCCAAACCCACCGUCGUCGUCUGCCACUAUGAUGGACAAUCAGGAAAUUUGCAAAUUCUUCAAAAUGGGCACAUGUCGCUAUGGGGCAUCCUGCAGGAAUGCUCAUACUGACGCACCCACAGCAACAGAAACGGCCAGCACAGCAGGAGCUUUAGCGCAAGCUCCCUCGCCUGCUGCUGCCCCGAUUCCAAGUACAACUUGCAGUUUCAAGAUUGAUCCACUCAAAUGGAUAAACGCUCCGGAGUUUAUUCCGAAGGCGAAACAACUGGCCCCACCGGAUCCCGAUCCGGUAUCCAACCUGAUGGAUGACGAUUGCGAUGCUGACGAUGAAAAUGGUGAUGAAAUCGGCGAUGCCGAGGAGCCGGAAGCGGAUGAAGCAGAAAUGAACGACAGCGCCAGUCUUUCGUAUGCGGCCAUCGUGACACUCAACAACAAUCACAACGGGCUAGGCAUCAUAGAGGACAGCUCGGCGGGAGAUGCAGUUCUUUGUCCAUACUACGAAAACAGCGGCGUUUGUAUGCUGGAGUGUUGCCCCUACGAACACGGGGAACUGUGCGAGCUGUGCGGCAAGUUUUGCCUCAAUCCGGCCGACAAAGAGCAGCAGCGGCUGCACAAUGUUGACUGCAUCAAGCAGCACGAGUUGGAUAUGGAGCACUCGUUUGCCAUACAGCGUUCCAAAGACAAGAUCUGCGGCAUUUGUUUGGAGGUGAUUCUUGAGAAACCCGGCCGGGAGCAGCGUUUCGGGAUUCUACCCAACUGUAACCAUAUCUUCUGCCUCGAGUGCAUUCGAACGUGGCGAAAGGCGAAGAAUUUCGAGAACAAAAUUAAGAGAGGUUGCCCAACUUGCCGUAUCUCGUCCGAUUUCGUUUGUCCCAGCAUCGUCUGGGUGGAGGGUCGCGAGGAAAAGGAUAAACUGAUCAACGACUACAAGAAGGCGUGCAACACGACCCACUGCAAACACUUCAAGCAGGGCUCCGGCAAGUGUCCUUUCGGGAACAAAUGUUUCUACAAGCACGCCCUACCCACCGGGCAGCUGGUGGACGUCGGUGGUCCCUCGCGAUCGUCGGAGAAUCGGAUCCGGUUUAGCCAUUUGCAGGACUUCUUCCGCGAAGUGCUACACCAGCGAGGGCGUUUACUGGAAGAUUUUAUGUCUUUUUUCUCCGAUAGCGAAGAUUCGGAAUUGUCGGAAAUGUACGACUAUUACGACUUCUAGUUGCUUAGUUCACUACAAAUGCCCCAGCAAUCGCAGCAGCAGCAGCCACAGUUCCUGCUAAUGCCAGAACAGGGUACUUUAUGCCAGCAGCAAGGUUUGGGCGGCACACAGCAGCACCCGCAACAACUUUGCUAUCACUACCUAUACUACUAUCAACGGCGGCAGCCCCGGAAAUGGUAAUAAUAUCGAAACCACCCGCUACGGCAACAACAGUAAUCAUAAUAAUAAUCGUAUUUUUGUUUAUUUGAUCCAUAUUGGAAGUGGAGUCACUGCUCUAGCAAUAUCUGUUUCACUGUGGACCGUCUAACAUACAGAAGAAAAAGUAGAAGAAGAAAAAAGCACCAAUUUGGCGGCGUACGACGUAUCCUUUUCCGCGUUUUCCACUUUAGUUUAGUCGUUAAGAACGUCUCGUAGAGCGAACCAAAAAAAUAGAAGAGAGAGUGGAUGUUUAUUUUCUAGUUUCUUUCCGUUCGUAUUUUUCUGUAUAUCUAAUUUAUUGAAAUUAUUCCGUCAUCAGUUCUGAAAACUAUAUUUUUGUCAACCAAAAAAAAAAAAAAAUUUCUCAUCAACUUACCGAAAAAUUGUAUGAUUCAAGUAAAACGAAUUAAUAACUCAGUUAGUUUAGUUGAAUUGUCAUUCAGACGAAGAAAAAAAAAGGGUUCCAUUGAUUGAACA